CUCGAAACUCUCGAGAACUACAAAUCAACAUCACAAGAAAAUUCACCUGGGCCUUUCAAGAUGGCGUCCAUGGAUUUAGAUGCGCCGAUUUCUAUCGCGCCCUCCGCGCGUGCCCCCCAGACAGCCGCAACUAUUCUGUGCUGUAACUGUGGUGCACCCAUCGACGGAGCAGCGUCGGCGAACGCAUUAUGUUACGACUGUGUCAAACUUACUAUGGAUGUCUCCGGAGGCAUCCAAAGAGAGGCUACCCUCCAUUUCUGCAGAGAUUGCGAGAGAUGGUUACUUCCUCCCACCAGUUAUAUUGUGGCCGCACCUGAAUCGAGAGAAUUAUUGGCUCUGUGCCUGAAAAAGCUUCGAGGUCUUCAUAAAGUCCGAAUUAUAGAUGCAAGCUUUAUCUGGACGGAACCCCAUUCUCGCAGAAUCAAGGUCAAACUCACUAUUCAAGACUCCGUCUCCGAGGGCGUUGUUCUACAGCAGUCGUUCGAGAUCGAGUAUGUUGUGGCAUACCAACAGUGCCCCGACUGUGCGAAGUCAUACACAGCGAAUACUUGGAGAGCAUGUGUACAGGUUAGACAGAAGGUGCCGCACAAGCGUACUUUCCUCUACCUAGAGCAACUUAUCCUCAAGCAUGGAGCCCACAAAGAUUCCAUCAACAUUAAAGAAGUCAAGGAUGGUCUGGAUUUCUACUUUGCGGCACGAAACCAGGCAACUGCCUUCGUCGACUUCCUCACAUCCGUCGCCCCAGUCAAGAGCAAGAAGUCUCAAGAGCUGAUUUCCAUGGAUAUUCACACGUCAACAAAGUCAUACAAGUUCUCGUACUCCGUCGAAUUAGUUCCCAUCUGUAAAGAUGACUUGGUAGCACUGCCUAUCAAGCUGGCACAGCAAAUCGGAAACAUGAACCCGAUAGCACUAUGCUACCGUGUCGGAACCGCCAUCAACCUCCUCGACCCAAGCACUCUGCAGACACAUGAUGUCAGCACCCCUAUCUACUGGCGUGCACCAUUCUCGUGCCUUGCGGACGUAAAGGAACUUGUCGAGUUUGUUGUCCUGGAUAUCGAUUUGGUGGGCGUGGAGAAGGGUCGCUGGGCGCUUGCAGAGGCAACCAUUGCCAGAGCGUCGGAUCUCGGCCAGAAUGACAAGACGUUCUUCACAAGAACACAUCUUGGUAAUGUUCUCCAUCCCGGUGAUUCGGUUAUGGGAUAUGUCCUCAGCGAGUCAAAUUUCAACAACCCUCAAUACGAUGCGUUGGAGAACUCGUCUACAUACUCUUCAUACAUCCCAGAUGUCAUGUUAGUGAAGAAGUUCUACGCGAGAAAGAAGAAGCCAAAGAACCGUAACUGGCGCCUCAAGCGCAUGAACAAGGAGGAGGGUGAUCUGUUACCCAAGAAGGGUGACCAGGAGAAGAUGGAUAAGGACUACGAGAUGUUCUUGCGUGACGUUGAGGAGGAUACUGAGCUCAGACAAACUCUUGCUCUUUACAAGGCUCAACAGGCACAGAAGGAUGCAGAUGCUAUGAGCAUGGCAGAGACAAGUGAUGGAGAGGAGGACAACACCCCGCAAAUAGACAUGGAUGAGCUCCUCGACGAGUUCGACGAGCUGAAGGUUAACGAUGCCGGUGGGAGUUAGAUUCCAUGAUGUCAAGUCUUAGGUUCGGAAUCUGGACAUAUAUCUCCUGACACAUGAGAUGAUGCGUAGUAGCAGUUUGUGUCCCGACACAUCCUGUCUACUCCUCUUCCAUUGUCAAUGUGGAGUGAAACACGACACGACGCAUCCGCCUGCCAUUUCUUCGCUUUCAACCAAACCACGAACUCUUCACCAGCCAGGUGAUGGUUCUAAAAGCGUGUCAGGGCCGGAAGAGCGAUAGAAGGAACUGGAGUUUGGGCGUUUUGAGCAUUGCGAGGUUGGGAUUAACGUGACAUGACAAGGAAAAGUGUUGUUUUAGUUAGUCGCCAAUAACAGUGACUUCAAUAC